AGUCAAAUAAAUAUGCCUUCCAAAAGAAUCCCAACUUUACAGAACCUGUAACUGUCUUAGAAUUACGUAAAUUUAUUGGAAUUCUUAUUUUUACUAGUGUAUAUCAUUAUCCUAGUGUCCGGUCAUACUGGUCAAACAUUACAAAGUUUGAACCCAUAGUACAAACAAUGAAUCGCAACAGAUUUGAUAAAAUUAGAGAAAUUUUUCACAUGAAUGACGACUCUAAACAUUUGCCCAUUGAUCACCCCCAGCACGACCGACUGCAUAAAGUAAGACAAGUGAUAGACUAUUUGAACAAGAAAUUUAUUACUUUACCAUUUGAGCAUCGUCUAUCACUAGACGAGCAGAUGUGUUCCACAAAAAUGAAACAUUUUAUGAAACAAUAUUUACCCAACAAGCCCCAUAAGUGGGGAUUCAAAUUAUACGUGUUAUGCUCUCUGUCUGGUUAUGCCUACAGUUUUGAGAUUUACUCGGGAGCUAAGGACAUGGACCGUUUACCUGGCGAACCAGACCUCGGAGCUGUGUCGAAUACAGUUAUUCGAUUGCUACGACCAGUACCAAGGCAUGUCAAUCAUAUAAUUUAUUUUGACAAUUUUUAUACGAAUAUUCCUCUGGUACAUUACUUGACCAACGAAGGUAUUUAUUGUCUUGGAACAGUACAGAGAAACAGGCUUGGAAAGUCGUGCAAGUUGCCGGAUAAACGGGAGAUUAUGAAAUCCAACGUACCCAGAGGAACAUAUCACGAAAAUGUGGCCUCUCACGAAGGCCUAGAAUUGUCGGCCACAAGUUGGAAAGACAACAAACAGGUAUUAUUACUAUCCACGUAUGUUGGCGCUGAACCAGCGGAUACUAUAACCCGCUACGAAAAAAAACUAAAGGCCAAUAUUCAAAUAUCAUGUCCUCGGGUUGUAAAAGAAUAUAAUGCACACAUGGGCGGCGUUGAUUUGAUGGAUAGCUUCAUUGGUCGAUAUCGCAUCCGCAUAAAGUCGAGAAAGUGGACAACGAGGCUCUUCUACCACUUGUUAGACAUGACUGUCAUCAAUGCUUGGGUACUGUACAAAAAGGUAAACACAAGGAAAGGAAAACUUCAGAAGAAUAUUAUGAAGUUAGCAGAUUUUAGAACUGAGCUUGCCGAUACUUUAUGUAGAUAUCAAAGUCACUCAAAAAAUAAAAGGGGCAGACCCAGUACCAACAGUCAACAAGACAAUACAGUACCCUCUAAAAAACCCCGGACAGGUGCACAAGUACUACCCCCAACUGACGUGCGUUCCGAUUGUAUUGGCCAUGAAAAAAUAUUUAUGGAGUCUAGGAAUAAAUGUAAAUUUAGUAAUUGUAGGAAACUUACCUCCUGGUUCUGUAAAAAAUGCAAAGUAUCGUUAUGCGAUAAUAAAAACAAUCGAUGUUUCGCAUUAUUUCAUGCAUAGGUCAUUUAAGAUUUCUUUAUGGCCAUAAUGCCUGAAGUAUCAAA